UAAAAACGGCAAGCUGAAUGAAAACAAACGAUACAAACGAUAAUCCGGGGCCACGCGACAAAAAUAAAAAUCAGCUGAAAAAUGGCUCCAAGUGCGACGAACCAAAAAUCCUCGGGAAAAGUGGGCCCGCCUUUUCGCAAAGAACCACAAACGCUGCUGGCCAAAGUACAGCGGGAGUAUCUGAAUCUCACCUUCGCCAAAUCGUUAAUAUUCGAUCCCGCUCGGCUGCCGCUGGUUGCCGUGAUCAUACUCGCGAUCGAUUUCGUCCUCAACGUGCUCAUCGUGCAAAAUGUGCCCUACACCGAGAUCGACUGGAAGGCGUACAUGCAGGAGUGCGAGGGCUUCCUCAAUGGCACCACCGAUUAUUCCCAGCUGCGAGGUGAUACCGGCCCGCUAGUGUAUCCAGCCGGCUUCGUGUAUAUUUAUAGUACGUUCUACUUCUUAACAUCGCGUGGCACCAACAUCCGGCUUGCGCAGUACCUCUUCAUCGUGAUCUAUCUGCUGCAGCAGACCCUGGUGCUGCGGUUGUACUGCAAAAGCCGCAAAAUCCCGCCGUACGUGAUGGUCAUUACGAUGUUCACUUCCUACCGUAUUCACUCCAUCUACUUGCUGCGGCUGUUCAACGAUCCGGUGGCAAUUCUGCUUCUAAACGCUGCCCUCAACGCGUACAUCGAUGGCCGCUGGACCCUCGGAAGCGUUCUGUUGAGUCUGGGUGUAUCGGUGAAGAUGAAUAUCUUGCUGUUUGCCCCCGGCAUUCUGCUCCUGUUCAUUACUAACCUCGGCUGGAUGGGAACGCUGCGGCAACUGACCGUUUGCGGAGUGAUCCAGCUGUUCCUCGGUGCGCCCUUCCUGCUCAGCUAUCCAUGGGCUUACCUAAAAGGUAGCUUCGAUCUGGGACGCGUCUUCGAACACAAGUGGACCGUAAACUAUCGUUUCCUCGAACCGGCCGUAUUCGAGAGUAAAGCCUUUCACCUGGCACUGUUGGCGCUGCACCUCGGAUUGCUGGCACUGUUUGCGUCGCCCUGCUACAAGUACCUCCAGAACUAUUGCCGACUGCGCAACCUCGAAAUGAUGCUGGCACCACAGAUUGCGGCCCAAAAUCGGGUCGAAAAGGAGCAGGCAGCCAAACAGCAGCAGCAGCAGAAACACCGGCAGAUAGCGGGCAAGCCCAAAGAGAAGGAAGAGAAGCUCAGCGUUGAGCAAGAAAAGUUUCUGAAAUCAUUCGAAAAGGGCAUCAAACAGAUGGCCGAAAAGGAGAAGCAGAAAAGCCCGCCGGAAACCGUGGAGCCCGUAGCCGCGGGUCCGAACAAGUUUUCCAUUCACUUUGACCGAUCGACUCAGCUGGCACUGUUACCCAUAUUCCUGUCGAAUUUCAUCGGGAUCGUGUGUGCUCGCAGUUUGCACUAUCAGUUCUACGUGUGGUACUUCCACAGCCUUCCCUAUCUCACCUGGUACACGGAGUACGGGACCAGCUUGAAGUUCUUGCUGCUGCUGCUGAUCGAGUUUUGCUGGAACACCUACCCCAGCACGGUGCUGAGCAGUUUGACGCUGCACGGAUGCCAUCUGGCCCUGCUGUACGGCAUUGGCCGGAAAAUGUUCCGCCGCAUUCCCGAUCUGGGGUAGCUGGGCAUACCAAACCGAGAGGAGUUUCGGAAAAACCGGUCCAGCUUGUGCCGUUCUUCCAUAAAUGUGCCUUUAAUGAUGGAUCCAGUUUGAGCAACGUGUGGGAGCUGAUGGACUGAUAGCCACCGCUUGAGUUUAUCGUAAAUCGUGUGUUUUAAAUCGUUUACCUAAAGUAGAUUUGCAUUUUGUUAGUAACCGCCAAUAAAACGAAACAAAUUAAAAACCA